CCCAUUCCCUUGUCCCUCCCCCCCCUUCCUUCGCUUCCUUGACAGGCCGAGGUUUAAGGGGAAACUGAGCUCCUGGGAGACCGGGCCGGGCUCGGGGGCGGGGGGGGGGCCACCCCGGAGGGGGCCCCGGGCCAUGGAUGUACGGCGUCUGAAGGUGAACGAACUUCGCGAGGAACUGCAGCGCCGCGGCCUGGACACUCGCGGCCUGAAGGCCGAGCUUGCCGAGCGGCUGCUGGCAGCGUUGGAGGCCGAGGAAGCCGAGGACGUGUCGGGACCAUCCGGGCACCACCACCACGACGACGACGACGAGGUGGUCGAGAACGAGGGGGGCUCCGAGCUGGAGGGGACCUCGCAGCCACCGCCGCCCGGGUUGCAGCCGCACCCGGAACCCGGAGGCUAUUCGGGGCCGGACGGACAUUAUGUCAUGGACAGUAUCACUAGGCAGAACCAGUUCUAUGAAACACAGGCCAUCAAGCAAGAGAACGAAUCAGGCUAUGACAGGAGACCACUGGAUUUGGAGUCACAGCCACCGGUCUAUCACCCAGAAGUGAAGACAGAGACGAAGCAAGAAGCACCACCUGGCUUCCUCCCCCCAGAAGCCGCUCAGUUCAAGCCAGACACACAGCAGUUCCAGAGUCGGAAGAGGCCCUAUGAGGAAAACCGUGGCCGUGGCUACUUCGAGCACCGGGAGGAUCGGAGGGGCCGCUCUCCUCAGCCUCCUGCCGAAGAGGAUGAAGAUGACUUUGAUGACACUCUUGUGGCCAUCGACACAUAUAACUGCGACCUGCACUUCAAGGUGGCCCGAGACCGAAGUAGUGGCUAUCCCCUCACAAUUGAGGGCUUUGCUUACCUGUGGUCAGGGGCCCGUGCCAGCUACGGGGUCAGAAGAGGCCGAGUGUGCUUUGAGAUGAAGAUCAAUGAGGAGAUCUCCGUGAAGCACCUUCCCUCUACAGAGCCUGACCCCCACGUCGUCCGCAUCGGCUGGUCCUUAGACUCCUGUAGCACCCAGCUAGGGGAAGAGCCGUUCUCUUAUGGUUACGGAGGCACAGGGAAGAAGUCUACCAACAGCCGGUUUGAGAACUACGGAGACAAAUUCGCAGAGAAUGACGUGAUUGGCUGCUUUGCGGACUUUGAAUGUGGAAGUGAUGUGGAGCUUUCCUUUACCAAAAACGGGAAGUGGAUGGGCAUUGCCUUCCGAGUCCAAAAGGAAGCCCUGGCUGGUCAGGCCCUCUACCCUCAUGUCCUGGUGAAGAACUGCGCCGUGGAGUUCAACUUUGGCCAGAGGGCAGAGCCCUAUUGCUCUGUCCUCCCAGGCUUCACGUUUAUCCAGCACCUUCCACUCAGUGAGCGGAUCCGGGGCACCAUUGGACCAAAGAGCAAGGCAGAGUGUGAGAUUCUGAUGAUGGUGGGCCUGCCUGCAGCGGGCAAGACCACCUGGGCCAUCAAACAUGCAGCCUCCAACCCUACCAAGAAGUACAACAUCCUGGGUACCAACGCCAUUAUGGAUAAGAUGCGGGUGAUGGGCCUGCGCCGGCAGCGGAACUACGCUGGCCGCUGGGACGUCCUGAUCCAGCAGGCCACUCAGUGCCUCAACCGCCUCAUCCAGAUUGCUGCACGCAAGAAACGCAACUACAUCCUAGAUCAGACAAAUGUAUAUGGCUCAGCCCAGAGACGAAAAAUGAGACCAUUUGAAGGCUUCCAACGGAAAGCUAUUGUAAUCUGCCCCACUGAUGAGGACCUCAAAGACCGGACAAUAAAGCGGACUGAUGAAGAGGGGAAAGACGUCCCGGAUCACGCGGUCUUGGAGAUGAAAGCAAAUUUCACGUUGCCUGAUGUUGGCGACUUCCUGGACGAGGUUCUGUUCAUUGAGCUGCAGCGGGAAGAGGCCGACAAGCUGGUGCGGCAGUACAACGAGGAAGGCCGCAAGGCCGGGCCGCCCCCUGAAAAGCGUUUCGACAACCGAGGUGGCGGCUUCCGGGGCCGUGGGGGUGGCAGUGGUUUCCAGCGCUAUGACAACAGAGGCCCCCCUGGAGGCAACCGAGGAGGCUUCCAGAACCGAGGAGGCGGCAGUGGUGGAGGAGGCAACUACCGAGGAGGUUUCAACCGUAGUGGAGGUGGUGGCUACAACCAGAACCGCUGGGGUAACAACAACCGGGACAACAACAACUCUAACAACCGAGGCAGCUAUAACCGGGCUCCCCAGCAACAGCCACCACCACAGCAGCCGCCACCGCCACAGCCACCACCGCAGCAGCCGCCGCCGCCGCCCAGCUACAGCCCUGCUCGGAACCCACCAGGGGCCAGCAGCUAUAACAAAAACAGCAUCCCAGGCUCCAGCGCCAAUACCAGCACCCCCGCCGUGAGCAGCUACAGCCCUCCACAGCCGAGUUACAGCCAGCCGCCCUAUAACCCGGGAGGUUACAGCCAGGGUUACACCGCCCCACCGCCGCCUCCUCCACCACCGCCUGCCUACAACUAUGGGAGCUACAGCUACAAUCCUGCCCCCUACACCCCACCUCCACCUCCAACUGCACAGACCUACCCUCAGCCUGCCUAUAACCAGUAUCAGCAGUAUGCCCAGCAGUGGAACCAGUACUACCAGAACCAGGGCCAGUGGCCGCCGUACUACGGGAACUACGACUACGGGAGCUACCCCGGCAGCACGCAGGGCGGCGCGAGCUCACAGUAGCUGGUGCCUCUGGAGGCCCUGCCGGCGUCCUCCGCCAGCGCUGGCCUCGGCCCCUUUUUACCCUCUCCGGGUCCUGUGGUGCUGGGGACAGGGUCAUCCCAGGGUUGCCGCCCAUCUGAGGGGCUGCUUCUCCCAGACAGGCCAGGCAUUUUUCUCUGGAUUCAACAGGCAACAGUGACCUUUCUUUUCUCUUCUCUUGUCCUCUUCACUUUCCACCACCUCCUGUCUUCCUGCUCCUUUUUGACUAAAGAACCCCUGCCUCCCCCCUUGGUCACACAGUGAGGCUGCAGUAACGGGAGGGGGAGGGGGCUGCCUCCCCCUUGGUCACACAGUGAGGCUGCAGUAACCAAGGGGUCCCUGCCUGUCUGUUCCCUCCCACCUUCUCUGGCCCCACGGCUUCCCAGACUCAUGCAUUUGGUUGUAAAUUCUUCCAGGAGCUGUUUUACUGUCUACUUUUCAGGAUUUAAAAAAAAAAAAAGUCAAAAACUCUUUAAAAAAAGUUUAAAAAACAAAAUGCAGAGGGAGGAAGCAGUGACCUAUUUUUGGUAAUUAUGCUUUUGUUAAUUUUAGACUGUGUCUGUUUUACUGUGGGUCCUCCAUCAAAACUUCAUCAAAUGACCAUGUCCUUGCUGAGCUCAGGUGGCUGAGGAAGAGCCGCACCCUGGAAGCGGACACAAACCAGAGUCAGCUUUGACCUAACUUUUUAUACGCCGCCUCCCUCCCUUCCCAACUUUGCACACAGCCUCUGUUCGGUUGACUUGUAACAGCUUUUGUAUUUGCAGAGAGUGUGACUAUUGAACUUGAAACCUUUUAUUCCGGGCGUCUUGGUAGUUUCUGGUGGGGUAAGCGGGGGAGAGGGUGAAGGGGCGCGGGUGGGGGGCUCCUUCCCUUGACAACCGAGGUUGCUUCCCCGCCCUCCCUCCGUGUUCUCCCAGGUGCCAGCCUCAGCCCGACAGUGGUCCUCUUUGACUAUUCCUACUGCCCCUUGACCCAUAUGUUUUAAUAGGAUUUUAACAAACUGCACUUAUUAAGAAAUGUUUUGCCCUGUUUUGUUUUGUUUCCUUUCCUUUCAAUAAAUGACAUGGCACCUCCUAGCAGGAAGGAAGCAGGGUUGAGCCCUGAA